AUGGAUUUCCCAGUUGCAGCAACCCACGACACGGCUCUCUGUCUGAUUCCGCCUAGGGACCAAUGGUCGUCAGUCGACCGACUUCGUUGCGACAACGACAAGGCCUACACGAAGUGGCCGCCCCAUGUCAACCUCGUCUAUCCCUUUGUGAAGUCUACGGACCCCAGUGCUCUUCGCUUAGCCUGUGACGCAAUUGUCGACAGCCUCAUAAGCCGCACAACUUUGGGCGAGGCCGCCGCUCUUCCCAUCCGUCUGGACUCGGCAGAUUAUUUUCAGCAUAAGAAUGGCAGUACUCUAUUCCUGUGCGAUAAAGAUGUUGGAAGGGUCUCUCAAAUUGCCUCUCUGAGAGCCGAUAUACUUGCAGCCAUUGGCCAGACACGCUCUGGACUAUAUAAUAUGCACAUGACAGUGAUCCAGUGUGAAGACACGGCGCCCUCGUCCAAGCUCGAGUUCCUCCUCGAAAAGCUCCGUCGCCUGCCGCCUGUGAGCUGGAACGCUGGCCAACUGGCAGUUCUGGUUCGCACACCGUCUGGACAGAUGAAGCAAUGGGGUCUCAUCGAUCUGGCCUCGCCCUCUCUCCAACUCUGCGAGGAUUCUUUCGGACUGGACCAAGAUACAACUGCGACUGCGAGCCCGCAACAGACAUGGUAUAUCUCCGAUCAUCACCCGACAUGGCGGCCGGUAGACCCGGUUUUCUCGGAGCCGCCAUCUCUGACUGUCAAAGGUUCCGAAAACCUCAUCGUCGCCAGCUGGAAUGUUCUUGCAGAGUUCCGCUGGCCUCCCUCUCGCGCGAGAUAUCCUAUAAUCCUGGACAACCUGCUUGCAGAAACCUCAUUGGCAGACGUCGUAGUACUCCAGGAGGUAACCGACGAUUUUCUGCCUUACUUACUUGAGGACGAACGCAUUCGAAAACAGUACGCAUACGUCUCACACGGACCACCAGACAACCCUGCUGCCGGACCUUUGCCCAAUUUACUCAACAAUGUGGUUCUCAGCAAAUACAUCUUCUCCUGGGAAUAUCUCCCCUUUAAGCGUCAGCACAAGGGAUCGUGCGUGGUCCGACUUGACGGUCUGGGGCACGGGGAGUCAGAGGGCCUCUCAUUACCUUUGAUACUGGCAACCUGCCAUCUCAGCCAAGGUUUAACAGAUGGCGCCGUUGUUGCCAAAGAAAGAGAACUCCAGCGCAUAUUGAGCCACCUCAAAAGCAAUUACGCUGCCAAUCAAUGGCUGAUUGCUGGCGACUUUAAUAUCGCCACGUCCUCCUGCACUGUUGAUAACGCUGUUAAGAAGGGAUCAAUCACCGUGCAGACGGAAGCCGUUCUUCGACGUAUCGAAGUAACUUUAGCGGAAGCCGGCCUCCUCGAUGCCUGGAUGGUUUCGAGAAUCGAGGCAGGCGUCACCGACAACCUCAAGGGUAAUGACAAUGAUAUUUUCGAAGGCGAACAGGGGGCAACCUUUGACCCCAGAGAGAACCCGCAUGCUGCCAAGAUGGUAGGAAGCGGCUACAACAACCGUCCGCAGAGGUACGACCGCAUCUUGGUCAAGAGUGAAGGGCCCUUACAAAUUUCACGCUUCAAUAUGUUCGGCUUCAUCAUGGGCGAAGGCGGACCCGGAGAGGGCCCGUUGUAUGCAAGUGAUCACUGGGGCAUUCGAUGCCUUUUGCAACGCUUCGACUCUAGGGGAGCAGCAGUUACUAGUGCACGAGUGGUUCCUGUACAGCCCAAGAAGGCCCCGGCUGGCCUGUCGGAUACGGCCGCGUUAAGGCAAUGUAUGGAGAACCUUGAAGUUUUUCCAACGGAGCAAGAUGAGACUACCCGGAAAGAGGCCCUCCAGCUAUUGCGGCAAAUUCUCUUGGAUUCGGACCAAGCAAAUGCAGAUCAGACACGGGGCCGUCCGACUGUUAUGCUGGUCCCCGUAGGGUCGUAUGGUCUCGGCACCUGGUCUAGGACAUCCGACAUCGAUUGCCUUUGCAUUGGAUCCAUUAGCCCGCGCAUCUUCUUCACCCUCGCCCGUCAAAGGUUGAGAAAGUCGGGUGAGUCCGGCGUCCGAUUGUUGAGGAAAGUCAAGGCCAAGACUGGCACCAUGCUUGAGGUCGAGGUUAUGGGCAUAAAGUGCGACCUUCAAUAUUGCCAAGCGCCCAGCGUGGUAGACCAGUGGCCUGACAUGCUGAAGCGGCCUCCAUCGGACCCGGCUUUUAGUUUGCCAAUGCAGACUCUCCUGAAGCUGAAGCCUGCAAGGGAUUUAUUCUAUCUGCAGCGCUCUAUACCUGAUCUGGCACAGUUCCGCGUGAGUUUCCAGGCCAUCAAAACCUGGGCAAAGUCUCGAGGGAUUUACGCGGCCAAGUUUGGGUAUCUCGGCGGCAUACAUCUGUCCGUCAUGCUGGUGAAGGUUUGCAAGAUGCUCUUACGCGUCGGAGGUGUGGUUUCUGCAGUCGACAUCAUCACGACCUUUUUUGACCACUACUCACGGUUUGACUGGCAGAACGAUGUAGUCUUUGACCCAUUUUUCCACAAGAACCUGAGGUAUCACCGCACACCAAGGGAGGCCAUGUGUCUUCUCGGCUGGCACUCUCCGACGCUCAACACGGCGCUCAUUGCCUCAGUCCCAACUGUAAAGAUCAUCUCAGCCGAACUCUGUCAUGCCGCUACCCAGCUAUCUGGGGAUGGAGCGAGCUGGCAAUCUUUGCUGUCUAUUCCAGACUCGAGCCAAGACAGAAACAUGACACCGAGCGCCUCGAAAUUCCUCGGUUCGUAUCGUUCAUUCGUCAAUCUACGCAUUCACUACUGGGGAGCGUCUCUUGAACGUGGGAGCAGGCUCGUUGGCUGGUUGGAGUCCCGGUGCGCCUCACUCUUGGUUGAUAUAAACAGGAGAGUACCGGAACUGUCUGCCAGAAUAUGGCCCGCCAGGUUUGUAGACUCGCUCACCCCCGAAGCCGAUGAGACCCGGGGCGACUAUCAAGGCUCCUAUCUUAUAGGACUGGAUUGGAUGAACUCGGACGAGAAGCCAUCAAGGGAUGACUUGGAAACAGCGCAAAGUAACCUCUGGGCCGUCUUACAGCAGUUCGAGAAGCUCAUUGUAAGCGACGAAAAGUACUUCGAUCCGAACACCUCGUGGUUUAGUGCGACGGUUGUGAAGGCAAACGAGUUGGGCAAUUUGCAGUUGGAUGAUCGCGAAUGGGGCGUGUACGUUGAUGGAGAUGACGAGUCAGAGACGGAGGACGAGGAAGAAGAAGAAGAAGAAGAGGGCGAAGAUGAAGAGAUGCAGGAGCGGUUCGCGGAGAAGACAAAAAAGGGUAAAUCGAUAAAGCAACGCUCGGCGACCUCCCGGAAACCCGAGGGUGCGGGCAAACUCCGCUCAGCACUCGAUGUGCUGAAUCGGCUGCGAUGGGACCCGGAUAUGGACAGCAACGACUUCCUCGUUGGGUACGAGGACCGUUUCCUGGGCCCACAGGAGAAGGCUCUUUCUGCUUGGAAAAGUGAGCAGACACACGAGGAGUUCAUCCCCCAGCAUCGCAUCUUGUGGUUCAAGCGCCGAAGUGACGAUGUCAUAGUAUGGCAUAGGUCCGAGCGGAUCGACCUUCUCUUCAAGAAGACAUAA